CGCGACAGGAAGUUGGGAUGAAAACAAGAACGGAAACUGAAUUCAUCCUGAAAAUGGAUUAAGAUUUGAAAGUGUUGUUUUUGAAGGCGUAACAAACCCUUCAGAUGAUGUCUAACACGGCGAGGAGCGGAGACAUCAUCCACCUGAACGUCGGGGGGAAGAGAUUCAGUACCUCCCGACAAACACUGACGUGGGUCCCUGACUCCUUUUUCUCCAGCCUGCUGAGCGGUCGGAUCUCGACUCUGAAGGAUGAAACUGGAGCUAUCUUCAUCGACAGAGACCCCUCUCUGUUCGCUACCAUCCUCAACUUCCUGCGGACCAAAGAGCUGCAUCCCCGCUCCAUCAACGUGCACAUGCUCAUGCACGAGGCUGAGUUCUACGGCAUCACGCCGCUUGUGCGUAAGCUGCAGCUGUGUGACGAGCUGGACCGAUCGUCCUGUGGGAACGUGCUGUUCAACGGCUACCUGCCUCCACCAGUGUACCCAGCGAAGCGGCGUAACCGUCACAGCGUGGCGGGAUCGCAGUUCAUGGCAGGCCGAGUGGCGCCGGCAGAGAGAGUGCCUGUCAGACGCAGCAACACCAUGCCGCCAAACCUGGGGAACUCUGGGAUCCUGGGCAGAGCGAGUACGGAGGAAAGGACGCCUGGAGGUCAGUUAUCAGACACCGGCAUGGUUCGGAUCAUUUGUGGUCAUCACAACUGGAUCGCUGUGGCGUACGCACAGUUUGUCGUCUGUUACAGGGUGAAGGAGUCCACUGGCUGGCAGCAGGUCUUUACCUCUCCUCGUCUGGACUGGGUGAUCGACAGAGUCGCGCUCAACGCCAAAGUGAUGGCUGGCUCCCUGGGAGACAACGACAAGAUGGUGGCUGUCGCCUCGGGGACGGAGAUCAUCCUGUGGGCCAUCUGCCCCGACGGCAACGGGAACGAGAUCGGCGUCUUCAGUCUGAACGUGCCGGUGGAGGCGCUCUUCUUCGUUGGUAACCAGCUGAUCGCCACCAGCCACACUGGGAAGGUCGGAGUUUGGAACGCCGUCACAAAACACUGGCAGAAUCAGGACGUGGUUCCCAUCAGCAGCUACGACACCGCCGGCUCCUUCCUCAUCCUGGGCUGCAACAACGGAUCCAUCUACUAUAUUGAUGUGCAGAAGUUUCCUCUGAGGAUGAAGGAUAAUGAUCUGCUGGUGACGGAGUUAUACAGAGACCCGACUGAAGACGCCAUUACCGCCCUCAGUGUCUACCUCACCCCCAAAACCAGUGACAGCGGGAACUGGAUCGAGAUUGCAUACGGGACCAGCUCCGGAACAGUUCGAGUCAUUGUUCAGCACCCGGAGACGGUGGGCUCGGGGCCGCAGCUCUUCCAGACCUUCUCUGUCCACCGCAGCCCCGUCACCAAGAUCAUGCUGUCCGAGAAACACCUCAUCUCCGUUUGUGCCGACAACAACCACGUUCGGACGUGGACGGUGACUCGCUUCAGAGGGAUGAUCUCCACUCAGCCGGGGUCCACACCGCUCACCUCCUUCAAGAUCCUCAGCCUGGACGACGUGGACGGACACGGAGGCUGCAGCGCCGGGACGGAGAUAGGUCCAUAUGGAGAGCGAGACGACCAGCAAGUGUUCAUCCAGAGAGUCGUACCAGACACGGAUAAACUCUACGUCAGGCUGUCGUCUAAUGGGAAGAGGGUGUGUGAGGUGCGUUCAGUGGACGGCACGUCCAUCACGGCCUUCAUGGUCCACGAGUGCGAAGGUUCAAGUCGCAUCGGCUCUCGGCCGCGCCGCUACCUGUUCAGUGGCCACGGCAACGGCAGCAUCCAGAUGUGGGACCUGACCACCGCCAUGGAGAUCGCCGGCAAGGUCGACAUCAGAGCGCUGGGCGGGCCCACGGAGGAGGAGCUGCUGGAGCUACUGGACCAGUGUGACCUGGCUCUGACCAGAACACCUGACAGCACCCCGAGAGCCUCCACCUGCAGUCUUCACUCUCAGCUCAGUGAGGGCUUCAGGACGGAGCGUCUCCACUCUGCAGGAGGAGGACGAGGAGCCGGAGCUUUGGGUUCGUCUGCGUCACUGUGCGGCAGCCUCCCCCGGCAGGCUCCGCCCCCUGUCCCCCUCACCAAACCUGUCCGAGACCCCACCCUCUCGGGGCCCCAGGCGCUCGCCAUUCCUGCCUACGCCCACAAUUCCAGCUCCAGCCAGAGCUCCAGCCCCCGGCCCCCAAGACACCUUGACCGAGACAGAGAGUGGGGGUCUGUGCGGAGGGGGAGCUUCGUGGAGCGAUGCCAGGAGCUCGCUAAGGGUUCAGAGGCGACGGCAAACUCUGGGUUCGUGGUCCCAACUGGUUCUGAGGGCGUGAGGCGAAGCUUAGCGGUGUGCACCGAGUUAGAGGCCAGAUUUGGUCACAGGACCCCCACCACCUUCUCUGUGUCGCCCGGUGCACGCCACUCUCCAGGAACACCUUCUUCCCUCUCCUCAUCAUCGCCGUCAUCCUCGUCUUCGUCACACCGCAGGGCCACACCCACUCCUCCAACCAGCCCCGCCCCUGCAGCCGUGAGCCCAACCCGCUCUCAGGUGCCCGCCUCGCCCCGCCGCAGCGCCGCAACGUCUCCUGCUGACGUCCAGGCUUCACCUGAGACUCCAGCGAGUCCGGACAGCCCUGCCGCCGGACCACCCACCAGCCCCAAACCACACAUGAACGAGACCAGCUUCUGAUUGGCUGUUGGGACUGAGACUCAACCAACAGAUGAGUGGGAAACUUUAAAUCUUCCCUAAGAGGUUUUGCUCUCUGUCCUCACUUUGAGAAUCUGAGCUCUGUUGCCUAACAAACUAUUGUCAGAAAAUAAACCUGAAACAGCAGGAAAAAAACAAAACAUCUGGAAUUCAAAUAGCUGAAAGUAUCGAUUACAACUGCACUAAUAAAUAUUUCGACAUUAUCAAUAAAUCAGAUUGUGAUAAACUCCGCCCCCCAGCACAAACAGUUGAUAACGGUAACGUCAGCAGAUUUACUUUAGAUAGAUUUAUUUUAUGUUGACAAAGCAUUUAACUUCUCACGUCUGUGUGGCCUAAACCCCAGAAUGUAUGUAUAUAUUAAAUAUACACAUAUUUACUAUUGGGAUAAGACUGCCAUGGGCCGCUUAUUUUGGACAGCGUUCUUUUUUGCAGGAUCAUGCUCACCUUCACAUCACAUAAGAUGAUUCAUUUAAAGAAAUACAAAAAAGCCAUUCUACCAUAAUGAUACUGUAAAUCUGCAGUUGUUUUGAUUACAAAUAUAUGUGUCCAAAAAGAUUGCCAGUUUAACAACAGUUACUAAGGUGGAGACCAAAGCAGAGCUUAAAGAGAGAAAGAUGUCCACAACACACAGAAAGAAAUCAGUGAUGCAGGUUUGACUAACUUUAUCUUAGAUUUGUAGCUUUUUUUAUAACCAACAGAGGACGUUUGUAGUUUGUUUCUGGUAGCAGAUGAUUUCUUUCUUACCAGGACCUUUUUGUAUCUGCAGUAACAGUUUGACAAGAAACAACAAAAGUUUAUAUAAAAUCUUUAUUUUUUUAAUUUGUAUGAUUGAAAUCCGACAGUCUUGUUAGUUCAGCAGGUUUUCAUCUUGUUCAGUCUGUUAAUUUCUUUACAGAGCCAAGCCUGGACGCCUCACCGUCUCAGCCAAUCAGGUUUCAGCUCUGUCAGCUUAUAGUCUUUAAUUUCCAUCAAAGCCAAACGAACAUCUGAUAUCUGACAGAAUGACACUUAAAUCUAUGGCUCCCUGUUUAAUAAUACUUUACUGGAAAGAAACUUUGUUACUUUUACUUUUGUUACUAAUAAUAAAGGAGUUGUUAUUAUAUGUGGAAGACUAAAGCUGCCAUUACAAUAAAUAAAUGACUCAAUACAUGUUUAUUAUAUUAUAAUUAUAAUAAUAGAAAUAAAUGUGCAGGUUACACAGAAAUAAAAUG